AAGAGCCGGCAUGUCUUUCUCCUCCAUCUGCCGAGUCCUACCAGCACAUAUACUUACUCUGCAUCGCGCCAGUUCCACGCAAGGCGUCGGCAGUGUCGGCCAUUUUCUCACCAGCGCGAGAUCCUCGGCUCGUCGCAGAUCACGGCAAACCAACACCGCGAACCACCGGGGAGUCCGCCUCUUAAACUCUCCCAUGCCAGGAUGACGGGAUAGUCGCCCUCACCGUUACAACCUUGUUGGUCUUUCUUUCUCUCUCUAUAUAUUUCUCUAUACACCCCUAUAUAUACUAGACGACAUGUCUUCGGCGCCGUCGGCCUCCUUGGGACCCUUUCGCAUCGUCGACCAUGUUGUUCCCUGCCAGCACAUCCGGGAAUAUCCCGCAGCGACAGCCAACGAACAGGAGGACGAGCUGCAGCUGGCCGUGAAACAGUACAUUCCUCUGGACAACCCGAACCCUCAGCCGGGCGACGUGACGAUUCUGGCGGCGCAUGCAAACGGUUUUCCCAAGGAACUCUACGAACCGCUGUGGGAGGAAAUCCAUGCUCGGUCCAAGGCACACGGGUUCCGCAUCCGAAGUAUCUGGAUGGCCGAUGUGGCGCAUCAGGGCCAAAGCAGUGUGAUCAACGAGGACCGCCUAGGGAACGACCCUAGCUGGUUCGAUCACCCCCGAGACCUUCUGCACCUGGUCAAUCUCAAACGCAAAGAGAUGCCGCGUCCCAUCGUCGGAAUCGGCCACAGCAUGGGCGGCGCACAUCUCGCACGCGUGUCUCUCAUGCACCCCCGUCUCAUCCACACCCUAGUCCUCCUAGACCCCGUCAUCCAACGAGAAACCACCCAGCUCGACCCCCUCGAAAUCGUGCGCCAGAACGUCGUCAUCGCCAAAACCACCCAACUCUCCACCUACCGACGAGACAUCUGGCCGUCCCGCAAGGCCGCCGCCGACAGCUACCAACGCAACCCCUUCUACCAAGCAUGGGACCCGCGCGUUCUGGAACGCUGGAUCCAAUCCGGUCUCCGCGACCUCCCCACAGCCAUCUACCCCGGCGACAGCGAGGCAGCGACCGCAAACGCCGCCGACACCCGACCCGUCACGCUCACGACGCCCCUCCACCAAGAAGUGUUCACCUUCUCGCGGCCCAACUACGACGGACCGCCGGGCAAAGACGUCCCCGUCAACCGGGUCACGCAUCCGGAUCUCAACACCGACCAUUUCGGCUCGUUCCCAUUCUACCGACCGGAGCCGUCGCGUGUGUUUUCCGAGCUGCCGCAUCUGCGUCCCAGCGUGUUGUAUCUCUUCGGCGGAAAGUCGGAGAUGUCGCUGCCCGAUAUGAUCGCCGACAAGAUGACGCAUACCGGCACGGGACUGGGCGGAAGUGGCGGCGCGGCCGUGGGUCGUGUGCGUGACAUCUUGUUCAAGCAGUUUGGCCAUCUGCUGGCGCAGGAGGCGCCGGUGGAAUGCGGUGAGGCGGCGAGCGAGUGGCUGGGGAAGGAGAUGCAGAGGUGGCGGGAGGAGGACGAGGCCUUCCGUGCGCAAUGGAGUCGGAAGUCGAAGAUUGAGAAGCAGACGAUUGAUGCGCGCUGGAAAGAGCACGUACCGGCACCGGUGCGACGCAAGAAGCCCGUCGAUGAUUCCAAGUCGAAAUUAUAAAUGCCGCCUGCGAAGAACGUCCUUGAAAAGAAAAGAACCGCUGAUAGACGGAUGGAACGGGACUAUAUAAUAUUCACAUAUAAUAUUCACUACAACUACUAUAC